CAAGAAUUGACACACAUCACCCCAAUCACAGUCCCUUCUCCUAUUGAUCACCAUGUCCGACGGUACUGAACAAACAAAGAAAUUUGAACCAAAACAAACGGUUCAGCUGGCUCCCCCAAAAGACGAUCAGAUCACACCUGAAUACUUAUCAAAAUGCAACGGGACCAAUGAAGGAUAUCCCACUCUAGUCGCAAUUAAGGGAACUGUUUUCGACGUAACCGGCAAGGAUUCAUAUGCCCCAGGAAAGCAGUAUCACGUUUUUGCGGGCAAGGAGCCAAAUCGGGCUCUCGCCUCGUCGUCCUUAAAACUAGAGGACUGCACACCUGAGUACGAAGAUCUUGCUGAAGACAAAAAGAAGGUUCUCGACGACUGGUUUACCUUCUUUAGCAAGCGAUAUAAUAUCGUUGGAAAGCUUCAAUCCGAUACCGGCUCAAAUUUGUAGACAAGUACGCCACAUCUCUUACGGGGAACCCUACAAGGAUCACAAUGGAUUCACGGCUCAAGUAGUACAUAAAUUGGUUGACCAGACUCUGUGCUCCAAACCUCAACAAUAUUUGUGUCACAGCAACCCAUUCCUAUCCAGUCAACUCAUUGGGAAGGGGCUUCAACAGCAACUUUCCGGUUCUAUCUUCACGCUGGCCGUUCUGAAAUUAAUAUAUUUUACUAUAAA